UCAGCCGCACCGGCUCUAGAUAUUUCUCAACGACGACGAACAAAAGAAUACUCUCGUUUUUCUUCCUUCCCCAAAUACCUACCUAAUCCGCCCCCACGCCCGCUUUCGUCAGCCAAAAAACAAAACAACCAAUAUAAAUACCAAUAAUUCUAUUAUUUACAACCAAUACAUAAAACAUAAUACCUCCUCGGAAUGUAUGGGCCAGCGAAACGCACCUCCGUCGACAACACCAAACCUCGAUAUUCCAAAUUGAGAGCGUCUUGCGAUACUUGCUUUCUGGCAAAGGUCAAAUGCAGUAAGACGAGGCCAAUCUGCUCACGAUGUCUCGCUUGUGGAGCGGAUUGCAAGUACAGCCCUUCGUCGAGAGCUGGGAAACCCAAGGCAGAUGGCUCUUCCUCCUCCAAGACACAUCGUCCGUCUCUGUCGGCGGAUAUGGCAAUAGCUGAAGGAGCCGUCUCGAAUCGACACCCUUCGAUGCGUCUGAAUGGCGGGAAUCACACGGCAUAUGGAAUGGAGGCAGAGGAGACGGAAUGGUCAGUCAUGCUGGGGUCUCCAGAUGGAUCUAUGGGCCGACGAUCCAUUUCCUCAGCUUCAUUACCUCGGAAUGGAGACGAUAGUUCUGGGACAGAUAGCUCGGGAAACCCAGCUCUGUUUGAUCCCUCUUUCUCGUGGACACCACACACAGAUAUGACUUCUCCCUACCUAGACAACAGCCUCCACUACCGCUCCAAAUCCAUGAACGACGGCCCCAUCCCCCAAUCCACCGUUCCCUGGUACGACCACCCCGACGCCGCCGCAAACUACCAAUCUCACCAACAAGCCGGCCUAGCUCCGAUGCCAAAUAAUGUUUAUAUGUCUAAUGCUGCUGCUAUGGCCGGCAAGAACCCCACCUGCAACUGCUUCAACACCUGCCUGCACGCCCUGGGCGCGCUCCACAACUCGGACGGCAUCUCGGCCGCGUCGCCCUUCGACGUGAUCCUGACGGUCAACCAGAAGGCGGUCGAGACCUGCGCCGUCAUGCUCAACUGCCCGAUCUGCAUGUCCCGGUCAGGCUUCUCAUCCCGCACGAUGUUCCUGGGCACCAUCCUCGGCAUGAUCAUCGCCAUCUACCAGGACGCAUCCAAAAACUACUUUGGCGGCGGCGGCAGCGUGGGGCCGGAUCAGCUGCCGUUGACGUUCGGGUCGUACCGCGUGGCGAGCGAAGAUGUGCGCUGGCUGCAGAUGGAGAUCAUAUUGAGGGAUCUGAAGAAGUUGGAGGAGCUGUUUGCGAAGUUCCAGGAGAGUUCCGUGAAGAGUGAGAGUGAUGAGGGGGCGGGGAUGCAUAGUGCGGUUACGAAUUACCUUUGUCAGAGCUUGCAUCAUACGACCGAGGCGUUGAAGUCUCAGAGGAAUUAUUGCUGUGUUCAGGAAGGGAUGGCUUGAUGCCUCUUUUUUCCCCCCUUCCUCAUAAUCAAGAGAAAAAAGAAGGAAAGGGUCGGUCUUGGCAAAGGGCGUUCGUCGGCUUCUUCGGUUCUGGGAUGGGAAUACGGGACGGGAUCAUCAAUCAUACUUUGGCAGG